CACCACCCCACUGCUGCAGGGAGAAAGACGCACAAAACCAAGUGCGUUAAAACGCAAUAAUUCUGUUUCCUUAACCACCCUUUCCAGGUCUCCUCCACUCAGACGGCGGUAUGCUCCUCGUCGACGGCGAGCCCGUCCUCUCUUCCUACCCCGCCGGAGCUCUUGCAGCCUCCCGCAUGGGGGGCAGCGGGAGGGAGCUCGUGGCGGCGCUCGCGGGGAGCCCCGGGCUCCGCGACGCGGCCGACCGGCUCAAGGCCACGCCGGAGAGGCGGGUCUCGGCGGGGCAGGAGGAACCGAGGCACGUGUACGUGUUCCAGCGGGAGUAUGCCACGGUGGAUCCGGCGCGCGUCGAGUUAGUGGGCACAGAUGAGGCGACUACAUGUGUUGGUGUUGUCAUUCGCAACAACAAGACUGGAAUGACCUCCGUUAGCCAUAUGGACUUCCCAAGAAUUGUGGAGGGAGGGAUCAAACAGAUGUUAGAAUUACUUGGCGAUGGCGAUGCAAAUGCACAAUUUGAUGUUCAUCUUAUUGGUGGCUUUGAUGAUGCUUCCACAAAGGCAGUCCAUUCUUCUGGAAAGAAGCACAGCAAACAGGAAGGGUAUUCCUACUCACUAUGUUGCAAAAUAGUUGAAGUGUUGCAUAAGUUCCAGCAACAGUUCCAUCUUCGGUCGUUUUGCGUCCUUCAGAACAACACGACUACUGAUUCUUAUGCGAAUGCACGGCCAAUAAUUGGUGGAUUUGUGGUUGAAACCUCAUCAGGAGCUGUCACACCAGCAAGUUUUGAGAUGAAUUCAAGAUGUCCAGAUGAAAUUGUAAGGAGAAUUCGUGUGAGUGUUUCUUCUUAUGAUCCAAUUUGGCAAGGAAAGCUGCUGGAGACUUAUGAUACUCAAAGCGACGCUUUCCGAAUUGCAGCUGCCUGCUGGAUGCCAGAUUGGGCAGAUAUAGCAUCUUCACUUGAUCAACUUUCAGACUCUGAAGUCCUAUUGCAAUGUUCCACCUCUCCAGCUGCAGAACCGCCACAUUUUGUGGAAAACGAGAGGAGGAUAUGGAGAUACUUGAUCGACAACCCAGAUUGGGAAGUAACAUUUCCGAAGUACAAGCCCCGGGUCUUCCAUAGGACCAGUGAUGGAAGGUGGUCGAGGUACUCGUAGCAUGGCUCUGGUAUCCCUAGUGUUUUACACAUGGAACAAAAAGAGGUGCCUCUACCGGUCUCUCCUGUCAUACGAAUACACAUUAUGGUUAAAGUUUUCUUCGCACCAGCAUCUCCCGCCAUCGCUGUUAAUUUCUUAGUACCUUGGCGCCAUUCUCCUUGGGUCAUCCCGUGCAUUCACGGUAGCUGAUUGUGGAAUUGCGUGAUUUUUUUCCCAGAAACGUGUAUGACUGUGGAAUAGCGUCGCGUUAAGCCUGUCUGGUUGACUGUUGAUACGAAGGAUAGCGUUGUGUUGUGGAUUCUCAUGAUUUC